AUGUGUAAUGUAUAUAUAACAUGCAUUGAUAGUUACAAAGAGUUGUCGGAAUUGAAGAAGUUGACAUAUUUGGACAUUUCCAAGACAGAAAGUUCCCCUAACGAUCGUUAUAAUCCCUUUUGCAAAAUUAUAGACAAGUUGUUGAUUUCGGAUGUUCUAAUGGACCAAUUGAAAUGCAUCGACUGCUCUUGUACUAUUGUCACACGAUUCCAGCUAUUGAGAUUUGCUGAAAGACAUCCGAAUUUGAAGACAAUUGUUGCCAUGGAAAACACGAACGAACCAACGGAAGUUCCUAAUGUCAAUCUUCUGAACUUCUGUGAAACUGGAGAUAUUCUUAAAUCACUGCACUACAGUAUCUCUAACAGAAAAAGCAUUUUUAUAAGGAUUUGUCUACAAGAACUGAAAAGUAUCCUCAGAUUCAAUUUCAAUGACAUGAGUCGAUCGGAACUUGCUGACUCUAUGAAGGUGAUGCUCUAUAUUAUGGAAACACACUACAUCGAUAGUUGGACAAGAGACAAUGCAGUCGGCGUCUUGUCUCUAAUGUUUCAAACGGAAAACUUGGGAAAAUGGUCAUUCCUGCAGAUUGAAAUAGUUUUGAGACGUCUGUUCAAACAAGUGAACGCUAUGAAGAGAACUAUGCAUAUGCACCUCAUCCAAAACUUAUUCGGAAUCGUUGAAUCAAUUAUGAAUGCAGUGACUGCUCGACAACAGAUACCUGAUGCUCUUCUCAGUGUUAUUUUUCUGAAUAUAACCAAAGCUUUCACUAUAGCACCCCACAUGUGUCUAUUUUAUCUUCCAGUUCUGACAAAACUUCAAACGGAAACGAUGAACUGGGAACAACAAUGCAUGAGUGACGAUGUGAAAUAUGUCAUUGCGGUUUUUGGAAUGGUGGAUAAUGUUUUCGCAGAAAAAGAGUAUAGACAUUAUGGCGGAUGCUUGAAAAUAUUGCAAUUUAUCCUGGAAAAAUCGGAGAAAAGUAGAAAAUAUGUGAUUGAAAAGGGGCUGCACUUGAAACUAAUCGAGCACUACAAUGUUUUUGAAGGAAUUGGAAAUCCGCUACGAUUUGAGGUGUUGAAAAUCUUGACAUUUGAUUUGUUAAUCUCAUUUUGCUAA